AUGAGGCGAGCCACGCGGUCACCCGUUUGGUGGCUGUUGAGCCUGCUGGUCGUCGCCCGUGUUUCCUCUGGGCAACACGACGCAUGCGACUUUUGCGCAUGCGAGGGAUUGCCCGUCACCAGAAUCACGAAUUGUAGUCCAAGUCUCGAGAACGUCCCCACCUGGAUUCCACCCUCGGCGGAAGAAAUGGUCGUCGUGAACACGGCUAUUGGGUUUCUUCUACCCUAUGCAUUCGUUGGUCUUUCUUCAAUGACCGUGCUCGGCUUACAACUCAACCAGAUUUCAGUCAUCCCCGCCCAUGCGUUCUCCGGCCUUGACGCCUUGAAAAUCUUGGACCUGCACGGCAACGGCAUUUCCGACCUGUCCGCGACUGCGUUUACAGGCCUUUCAGCGCUGACAUUUCUCGAUUUGUCUUCUACCGGUCUCACGCGGGUUCCGCGCGGAAUGUUGGCUGGCCUCAAUUCUCUGCAGAUUUUGGACUUGUCCAACAAUCUCCUUUCCAACUUGCCUCCUGGGUUGUUCCGGGAUUUGUCCGUACUUGCGCAAGUGAAUUUGCAAGGGAACUUGUUCUUUGAAAACGCAACUGCCCCUCCCGGCACCUACAGAUCCGAAGCAGGCAGCUUGUAUAAGUGUAGCACGAGGUGUGACACUUGCUACGGAGCGGGCCCAGAUGCAUGCUGCGCCACGUACUGCCUCUCAUGCAACUCGACCAAUUGCACAUCGUGCUAUGUUGGUUCUGUCAUGGUGGACGGUGUUUGUCGCCCACCGGCACCUCUUCAAAUCAUUGCUACCAGCUUCCCCGCCACAGCUUUUUGGAACACUGACAUUCAAGGAGUCAUUACCCUCCACAAUUAUGGGAAUACCUCGUUGGACAACGUCAAGUUGGGAAUGUGGCACGGGUACGGUCUGCAGCUGAACCUAUAUCAAGAGCCUGCACCCUACCUAUUGCAAGCUCAAGUUCAACAAGAGAUAACUAGACUUGCAUCGUCGCUUGACAAUAAAAUCGACGACAUCGGACAAGUUUCCCUUGCUGCAGGUCAAACUCUUGCAUUCCCUGUCAAAUUCAAUCUUCAAGGUCGCGAGUUGUUGCCCCUGAUCUUUUUCGCUCUUUUCGACUCUUGGUCUCUGCUCGUUCAAGAUACCAGCGACUCUGUCGGUGUGAUUCGGCUCAUUAGUCCGCAAGAAACCAACAUUGCCGUUUCUCCAAUCGCCAAUGAUGCUGAGCUUGUUUGUGGCUGCACACUGGCGAUCAACGAGAUGCCUGAACUCAUGCUUCGGCGGCCGCUGGCAAAGCACCUUGUCCCCCUCGACACGAACGCCGUUAUGGAUCGUUUUCAGCUUUGCGCUCUUGCUACGGGCGGUCGAGUUACACUGCUGAAUGUCACCACGGGCUCCAACCGCGCGUCGUGCCAGGAAUCGUGCUUCAACUCGCCAACCUGCUCCUCCUUCUUGACCAACGAUCCUUACGCUGCAAACACGGAUCGGAGCAUCCCACCGCUGUGCAUUUUGAGCGGGGCUGAUCGAUUCGACAAGCAGUACCGACCAAUCAACGCACUUCGCCGUGACACGUACCUUCAAGUCGACGACGUUAUUGCUGCCAACUCGAGCGCCAAUCUGAACAACAUCACGUCCUUUCGCACUUUCGACGCACGCUUCCCGGAUCGACCGUCUGUUACCACGACGAUUUUGGCAGGCCCUGGGAGGAUUAUCGCUCAACCUUUCGCUCCACAUGCCGUUGAAGUCGUCUCUGGGUUUUACGUCGCCAGCACGACGGCUGAUUUCCGGUUUGCGCUGUUGGUCAACCCCGCAUUGCCUACCGUUGAAUUG